AUGUUUAGAUUACAAUCUAGAAACUUACUAAGAAGUGUAAUAACAAGAACUGCUAUACGUCAGCCUAUAAAGAGUCAAAUUACCAAAAAUUUCACAAAUUUUUACUCCACUACCGACAAAAAUACUCAAAAGAAAGAUGAAACAAAAAAACCAGAAUCUGUUUUAAAUGAUGAUAUGUUAGCAAGAGCAGGAUUUGAAGAUUUGGAUCCAAAAGCAAAUAAAGCAGAAGAAGAUGCUGAGGUUGAAAAAGAAAUACAACAAGAAAAAUCAGCAAGAAGAAGAAAAAGAGCUCAAACUUCAAAAGAUAGACAACGUGAAAGAUAUGCAAACAUUUUUUACUUAGCUACUUUAUUAGGUGGUAUUGCUGGUGUUGGUUACAUGUGUAGAGAUUGGGACAAUAUUAAAGAACAAGAAGAUUUAGAUGCAAAAGACAUUGGUGAUGGUUAUUCUCCAGAAUUAAUGUAUAAAAGAUUAUCAAAAAGAUUAGGUUCAUUAUUUACAUUCUUUUCAGAACCUGCUUUUGAAAAUUUAUUACCACCACCAGCUCCAGAACAAUAUAGAAGACCAUUAACAUUAGUUUUAACUUUAGAUGAUUUAUUAAUUCAUUCUUCAUGGGAUACAAAUCAUGGAUGGAGAACAGCAAAAAGACCAGGUUUAGAUUACUUCCUUGGAUAUUUAUCACAGUAUUAUGAAAUUGUUUUAUUUGCUACAAAUUCACAAAUUUAUUCUGAAAAAACUGCAAGUAAAUUAGAUCCGUAUCAUGCUUAUAUUUCAUAUCAUUUAUUUAGAGAAGCCUGUAGAUAUAAAGACGGAAAAUUAAUUAAAGAUUUAUCGUUAUUAAAUCGUGAUUUAGGUAAAGUUGUAAUGAUUGAUGUUGAUCAAGAUUCAGCAAGUUUGCAACCUGAAAAUUCAAUAAUUGUUAAAAAAUGGGCAGGUAAACCAGAUGAUUAUUUAAUUUCAUUAAUUCCAUUUUUAGAAUAUUUAGCAACACAACCAAUUAAAGAUGUAAGACCAAUUUUAAAUUCAUUUCAAAAUAAAUCAAAUAUAGUUGAAGAAUUUACAAUUCGUGAAAAAAAAUUAAGAGAUCAAUGGUCAAAAGAUCGUAAAGGAGCUGGAAAUGCACCAAAUGCAGGCAAUUUUAUUGCUAAAUUAUUAGGUAUGCCUGUUUCUGAACCAAAAAUGCCUUUGGAUAUAAUUAGAGAACAUGGUCAAUUACAAUAUGAACAUUUUCAAAAAUAUUUACAAGAAAAUGCUUCUAAAUUUUUAGAAGAAGAACAAAAAUUAAAAGAAGAAUUUGGUAAAGUUACUUUAAAUAAAUUAAUAACUGAAGGAGCACCAAAACCUGAAGAUAUUGUAAAAGUUCAACAACAAAGAGCUCAAGAAGAAAUUGAAAAACAACAAAAAUAA